AUGUUCAAAGCCUCCGUUGCAAAAGCGGUCAUUAGGAGCUGUGGUCAGAAGGUCACCAGUGACUGUCACGGCGGCAAACCCAAAAUCCGCUGGUGGACACCGGCGGUGAGCGAAGCUGUCAGGCUAAAGAAGGAGACAUUUUGGGCCUGGCUGGCUCAGGGGUCUCCUGAAGCAGCAGGCAAGUACUGGCUGGCCAAAAGGGCUGCAGCUGUGGCGGUCGUGGAAGCUAUAACUCGGGUGUGGGAGGAGUUCAGGGAAGCUAUGGAGAAGGACUUUCGCACCAAUCAGUCGAGUCUGGCGAGGAGGGUUCUGAUCAGCUUCUCUCUGGCCGUGAUAUUGGGUUCUUCCUGGACUCUGGGUUACCUGGUUCUCGUCACCAGCGGACACAUCCACUACGUCUUCAGCAUCGUCUUCUGCCUCUUUACCACCACACAGGGGCCUCCAGGUCUAACAGGACCACCAGGGACCUCCAGGGGCUACCAGGGACCACUAGGGGCCUCCAGGGGCCACCAGGAGCCACCAGGAGCCACCAGGAGCCACCAGGAGCCACCAGGUCUAAUAGGACUAACCAGACCACCAGGGCCACCAGCUCUAACAGGACCAGCAAGGGCUACCAGGGUCCAUCAAGGUCCAUCAGGGGCCCAGAGGGGCUACCAGGGUCCACCAGGUCUAACAGGACCACCAGGAUCAGGGUCCAUCAGAGGCCUCCAGGGGUACCAGGAGCCACCAGGUCUAACAGGACCAGCAGGGGCCACCAGGUCUAACAGGACCACCAGGGGCCUCCAGGUCCAACAGAACCACCAGGGGACCAGCAGGGGCCUCCAGGGACCAGGACCAGGACCAGAACCAGAACUAGAACCAUAUCUAGAACCAGAACCAGAACCAUGA